CAACGGCAGAACACACUGCGGUCGCUCCGUUCACGCCAUGCGCAUGUGGUUUUCUCUCUCGUACUUUUAAUGGAUCUUCGUGGUUUGGGGAUAAAGAAAUGAGCAGAUAUGGUUCAGUGAUAUCUUAAACAUUCAUGGCGACGGUCUUAAGUCGCCAUAAGUCUGUUAUUGACCGCCGAUACUGAACUCAACUUUUCCGAGAUCCAAACUUGUCAGCAGCGCAUCUUGCGCGCAUGCGCAUCCUUCUAUCCAGCUCUAAAUAAGAGUUAAAACAGAAACGAGGUUGGUAAUGACUGACACUCCACCGAGUGAUGGCCCUUCUCAGGGAACUGAGUUUGACAUGAUGAGUGCUUUGGACUGGAAGGACGGCAUUGCUACUCUCCCUGGCAGCGACAUCAAGUUUCGAAUGACUGAGUUUGGGACAUUGGAAAUAGUGACCGAUUUGGAGACGAAAGUGCAGGAGACCGAGCCUAAGAGUGCACCGCUGUCUCAUAGUCCCACUCCACCUCCAGAGGGACAGACCACAUCAGCCACAGCCCCACCCAUCCCAAAUCUUUCACAGCCAGGAUCAUCCCAAGUGGAAAGCAGCCCUAGUAUGGAGAGUGUGGAGGGCGGCCUGAGUGUUGAGGUGGGAGGAACUGCAGAGACGCGCUCAAACGUGGAGCUGGUGCGGUGUGCAGCAUGCGGAGGAAAUGUCGCCAGAGACGCACUGGUCCAGGCCAAAUACUGCAGCUCCAUCUGCGCCCAGCCCUCCAGCGGCAGAUCAUCUCCAGCAGAAAAUCGGGAAAACCAGGCAACAGGAGGCGAGGGACUUGGAAAGCGGAUUCGCAAGAAAAGAAAGAUCUAUAUGGAUUCUGGUGAUGAAGAAGAAGACAAUCAAGAGGAACCAGAGGAAAAAUUGAAGUCCUCCAAAGGCAAAAGGGGUCCAAAACUGCCUAAACUUGGAUUGGCCCCACCAAAUAAGAAACGUGCGUGGAGCUGGCCUGCUUAUCUGGAAGAGGAAAAAGCGGUCGCUGCACCUGUGAAACUUUUCAAAGAGCACCAGUCCUUUCCCCAAAGCAGGAACAGCUUUAAAGUGGGAAUGAAGCUGGAGGGGCUGGACCCAUGUCACCCAUCUCUCUUCUGUGUGCUCACCGUUGCUGAGAUCCAAGGCUACAGAGUAAGACUUCAUUUUGAUGGAUAUCCCGAAUGCUACGACUUUUGGGCCAAUGCAGACUCGUGGGAUCUAAAACCUGCAGGGUGGUGUGAAAAGAAUGGACACAAGUUAUUGCUGCCUAAAGGUUGUAAAGAGGGAGAGUUUAACUGGAGCAUGUAUGUGAAGAACUGCAGAGGUCAGCUGGCUCCCAAACACCUUUUUAAAAGCCUCAACACGUCUGUGACUCCGUCUGGGUUCAGGACUGGGAUGAAGUUGGAGGCUGUGGACAGAAAGAACCCGCCCUUAGUUUGUGUUGCUACUAUUGCUGCUGUUGUUGAUAAUCGGCUUCUUAUUCAUUUUGACAACUGGGACGACACAUACGAUUACUGGUGCGACGCCACAUGUCCAUACAUUCAUCCAGUGGGAUAUUGUGAAGAGGCUGAGCUGCCCCUCACCACACCAGCGGAAUACAAGCACCCCAAGAGUUUCUCAUGGGAGAAGUACCUGGAGGAGACGGGAACACAGGCCGCUCCUGCACGCGCCUUCAAACCACGGCCUCCUCAUGGAUUUCAGAUCGGCAUGAAGCUCGAGGCAGUGGACAAGAGAAACCCGAUGCUUAUUCGUGUGGCAACGAUCGCCAACACUGAAGAGCAUAGACUCAAGAUUCAUUUUGAUGGUUGGAGCUCAGAGUACGAUUACUGGGUGGAAACAGACUGUCCAGAUAUUCACCCUGUUGGAUGGUGUCAGAAAACUGGACAUCCCCUUGAGUAUCCCAACGCUCCUUGUGAAGUAAUAGCACCCCCUGGACAAGGAUGUCCGACCCCUGGAUGUAACGGAGUGGGUCACAUCAGAGGGCCGCGCUAUGGCACCCACUACACUCAGGUGAGCUGCCCUUACUCUGAGCUGAACCUGAAUAAGGACAGUCUACUGCCGGACCGCCUCAGCGGAGAGCGACCUGUGACCCUGAGCGGCCCUCUGCCCCGAGGACGACGACCCGAUGUCCCGAACACUCAACCCUCAUCUACCUUCGAGACUCUGGAAGGAGCUGACGACUCCCACAACAGGAAACCAGUGAUGGAAGUAGAGCGCGGUGGACGUAUCGGCCAAUCUGAACCAGCAGGGGGAGCCAGUGAGCAGAACCACGCUACAUCCAGACCUAAACGGUCUGCCCCGCCCCCAAAGUACCUUAAGAUGCACUAUGUCAAAGAGGAGAUUGGCGAUGGCAAAGCUUCUCCAGAGGAAAUCUCCUUCCAGCAGGCACUUCAUGAGUCUGUUUUUUCUCCGGGCAUCUCCGCCUCUCCUCCCCAUCGAGUGGCCCUCUGCUGGGACAAACACUGCCAGCUGCUGCCCGAGGUCCUGGGGCUCACGGCCAAGAGAGUGGCCACUUGGAGUGCAGAGGAGGUGUCUGGUUUUGUUAAGGGACUGCCUGGAUGUAAAGAACAUGCUGCUACAUUUAAAACGGAGCAAAUCGACGGUGAGGCCUUUCUGCUGCUCACCCAAACUGAUAUUGUCAAGAUCCUGUCAAUCAAACUGGGUCCCGCCCUCAAGAUCUACAACUCCAUCCUGAUGUUGAAGAACGCAGACGAGGAGUAGAGACCCAACUCUGGUCUCUAGUGACUCAACUCUAGACUUUUAAUACAAGGAGACUUCAGUUUUUUUCUGCCCUCACCAAUGUGUUGAGAGCCACAAGUGGAAGCCAUUUUCCUCCGCCCUCACCCCUUCUCCUUCGUCUCCUCUUCUCCAUGACGGACAGCACGGCUAACCUGAGGGAGCUGACAACAGAAGAACACCUGCAUUGUGUAUGUUUACGUAACCAUACCCUUUUAAUAAUAUUUCUGAACAUUGUACAGUUUAUUAAUUAACGGUUUUCCUCUUUAAAAUGGUGCUUGGGCUCAGAGCAGACGGAUCAAGCAUCGUGUUGUCAUUGUGUCGUUGCUUUGAGAAGGCAACCGUUUUUUUUAAAUGCUGCAGAAUACAAUCGUAAAGAGGUUACAGUAAUGUGACAGUGGCAAAGCAGGGGGGUUAGUUUAUCUGAAUGCUUAAAGCUGCACUAUGUAACUUUUCUGGUGAAGGGUCCACCACCUGUUUAUUGGAUUUUUGCUUUAUCUGGAAUGUUCUACAAUAUGGCAUUAAAAACGUAUUUAUCUCACAUUUAUUCAAUUACAGGUCAUAAAAAACACCCCGAAAACCUGUAACUUGACUUGAUAACGAAGCCUGAUUGAAUCUCUAGAUAAAUUUAAUGCCAUACUGUGGAACAUUCCAGGCACAGCAAUAGAGACAACCUUAAACCAUAAAGUUACGUAGUGGAUCUUUAGAUUUUCUGGUCACGAGUGCUCUAUUGAAGAGUCAUUGGCUCAUUUGAACAGCGUGUGUGUGGUGUCAUCUUGUAUUUUUAUGUAGGUGUGACUAAGUAUGACAGUUCUUCACCAGCCCAUUUCACUGAGGACAUUUAUCUCAAGGGCAGAUUGAAGCAAGACUUUGGUGGAAGAACCCUUUAUUUGUGUUUUACAUUUCUCAAAAGGCACAUGAAUUUGAAUGUAAACAAAAGCUGUGUUUGAUUUUUGUUGGUUUAAAAAUAUUUUGACUCUACACAUGUAAAUAUGUAAUGAUUAGAGACCUCAUGUAACCUCUUUUCAUCAGACUGAAAGCGUUCCUGUGGGAUAUGCAAAUGUUCUGGUGGCAGGACAAGACUCUGAACUUGAAAUUUGCACCUCUGUUCUUGCGAAGAUUUUAGAAAGAAAAAAAAACUAAAUCCAUGUCAUUGUGAAGCAGUGUUUUCAGCGAUUGGAAUGUAACAACUGUAUCUGUUUAUAAGCAAACAGCUUUAUUUAUGUAUUUAAAGGUACGAGGAUCUGGCUUUGAGGAGACUGGCUGAAAGUGUGAAUGGGUGAAAUAAAUGAGGUGGACACUAA